AUGGCCCGGUCAGUCCUCGUCACCGGGGCCAAUGGCUACAUUGGAAACGCCGUUGCUCGUGCAUUUGUUCGUGCCGGCUGGAUUACCUACGGCCUCAUCCGCUCGCCCGCUUCUGCUUCCGCCCUCGCCGGCGAGGAGAUUAUCCCCGUCGUGGGCGCCAUCGACGACCCAUCUUCCCACGAGAUCAUAUUAGCAAACCUUCCGGUGCCCCUCGAUGCCAUCGUCUCGACGACUGAAGUGACCUUCAACUACCUUCCCCACUAUACCAACCUCGUGACCUUGGUCCGCACGCUCGCGCAGCCCACCGUGUCCUCCGGGGCCCCGAAACCUCUUCUCCUCUUCACCUCCGGUUGCAAGGACUACGGAGUAGGUCCUCACAUCCACGGCGCCCCAGACCUGGUCCCCCAUACCGAGGAGUCUCCCCGCAACCCGCCGCCGCCCCUUGCCGGGAGAGCCGAAAACGCCGCCCGCAUCUUUGACCACGAGGACCUCUUGGCGCCCGUUCUCCUUCGGCCCACCAACGUGUACGGCCGGUCCUCGAGCUUCUACGCCGGUUUCUUCCAAGUCGCAUCCCAGGUCGCCGCCGCCGGGACGGAAAACUCCGGCCUCAUUGUGCCUGCUGACCCAAACUACGUCCUGCAUGCUCUGCACGUCGACGACUGCGCAGAUGCUUACGUUGCCCUCGCGGAGCAUCCGCGGCGAGACGAGGUUGCCGGCCAGGUAUUCAACGUCUCUGCCCACCGCUACGAGACGGUGGAUCAAGUCGUGCGGGCCCUCGUUCAGGAGUAUGGGAUCAAGGGAGGGCUCAAGUAUGUGAGGCCCGACGAGAUCAAGCCUGAGCAUAAUCCCUGGCCUCCUUUCCUCAUUGAUUUUCCUCAGUGGACGGGCUCAGAUAAGUUGCGCCGUGUUACAGGGUGGCGUGACAGGCGGACCCUGUUCUCCGAAGCGUUGCAUGUCUACCGCCUAGCCUACGAGGCUGCAACAGCUAAUGACUUAACUGCCAAAAUGCAAGACCGAGUUGCGUCGGUUUUUAAGGGAUUUAAAGCGAAUUAA